AGGCUAAAACGCUCGCUGUCUUUCAAGACCAUCAUGCGCAGUAAGAGCGUGGAGAACUUCUUCCAGAGAUCCUACAGCGACGCCCGCCUGCCGCCGGAUUUCAUCACCGACCCGCCUCCUCCUUCUCCCCCUCUGCUGCCUGGCUCGCCUCUUGUCGGCGAGCGCUCGCCAUCCAUCUCGCCAUCUCUCAGCCCCAACCCCUCCAUCGCCUCACACUCCCCCUCUCUCAGCCUUUCCCCAUCGCUGCCCAUCAAGCCUCCAAGACCACAGAUCACUCACUGUUUUCAAGACCACGUCUUUCGCAAGCCCACCAACUGCCAACACUGCAAGCACAUGAUAGUGGGAAACUCCAAACAAGCUCUGCGGUGUAAAACGUGCAAGAUGGCCGCUCACCUGUGGUGCACCUCGGAACUGUCGCAGCAGCUGUGUCAGGGGAAGCCUGGAGCGUUCAAGCGUAACUUCAGCUCGCCGAUGCUUGUCAAUGACCAACUGGCUGUCGUCAAGGAAGUUCAGCCGAGCCAAGAGGCUGUGCGGACACGCGUCGACCCUGUGUACGCUGCCUUGCGCUAUGGGACGUCUUUGGCACAGAUGACCCGCUCCAGUUUUGGCAGUUCAGAGUCACCGACGCGCAGCCUGGGGGAGGGAGGUGAGGAGAUGCAGCAGAGACAGUGCAGCAUGGAGGAAGAGAUAACUCAGGAGACAGGGGACACAGCAGUGCCAGACCCUGAGUUUGAGAAGGAGGAGGACGAGAGCACGGGCGAGACUCAGACUCCUGUGGAAGAGAGCAACGUGACGGUGCCCAAGCGCAUUGAAGUUCACUCCAUCCACACCUAUGUAGCGCUCUACAAGUUUCUGCCUCAGGAACAGAAUGACCUGGAACUACAUCCCGGGGAUCGGGUGCAGGUCACAGACGACUCCAAUGAGGAGUGGUGGAAGGGAAAGAGUGGCGACAGAGUCGGUUUCUUCCCUGCCAACUUUGUGCAGAGGGUCCGUCCAGGAGAGAGAGUGUGGCGGGUCGUACAGAGCGUUAACGCCAACCGAGAGAGAGGACACAUGGCCGUCAGGGAAUCCCAGAUCUGUGUGGGGAAGCGAGAGGACGGCGAGGUGUUUCUAAAGCUGAGCAGUGGGAAGAAGAGAGGCCUGGUCCCAGCUGACUCCAUAGAGGAGAUCUGAGCUUCAUCCUUCCACUUCUACUUUACCCACCACCACAUCUUCAAACUAUUACCAACACCACUUCUUCCACAACCUCCUCUCUGCAAAAAAAACUAAAACAGCUGCGGCCUCUUUGGCCAGUCCUGACUGAGACCAACCUGGACAGAAAGCAUACACUUCUGCAAAGACCUGGAAACGCAGCCCCCGAUGGACGCAUGGUUUCCAGUUGAGUUGGUUUGCUAUUAGUCUUUAAUAAUGAAUUGUACAGUUAUGCAGCAUAGUCCUGCUUUUACAAAGGGACUGUUUCUCAGCUCUUCUCCUGCUGUCAGUUUAUCUGUUAACACACAAAAAAUAAAUCAAUGUUUAGUCAGACAAAGUGUGCACAAGCCAAAAAUGCUCUGCAUCUAUUUGCUUGGAUGCUUGUUCCGAUUUUGUUUUUCCUAAUCAAAAAGGACGUCUACCAAUGUGGGAGGAGGUGCCGUUCUGUCAUGGGAACAUGAUGCUACUGUCAAUGUCCUUUUCUUCUUUCUACCCACUCUGUAUGUCUCAUCCCUGUGCGCUCGUGUCAGGGUAUGUGGCCCCAGGGAUUGAUAUCAGCUUCGUGCAAACUGGUGCACAUGUAACCGGCCAAGGACAACCACUGCCAGCCAGAGUAGGUUAGUUUUUGUUUGCCGGGAGGACACACAAUGCAAAAAAUCCUCUGUAGUGACAGCCUGUUUGUGAACAGCCAACUUGAGAGUGCAGAAAUUAGAAGAUUUUCAAAGGAGAAUUGGACACUGUGAAGAUCUUUUCACAAGGAAUUCAAAACUUUUUUUCACCCCCAACUUUUUUAGGAUGAAAUUACAAUGAAAGUAUGGUGUGAAAAAUGCAUCUUCACCUUUAAACAUAAAUCAGCCAGAGGACCCCGUGUUCCAGAGGAAAACAAAUGGAAGAAAUUAAGAACGUUUUUGCAGAACUAAUUUUGCCCUUUACAACUCUCAGACUUGGGAACUGAAACUUUUUUUUCUUGAAUGACUCAACCAUAGAGGAAUAAACAUUGAGUCACACAGCAGUUUUUUCGAGGGUUUUCAUUUUAUCGUCUUGUUUUCAACAAAGGAAGGAAGGGAGGUGAAACUCCUCGAGUGUCGCGGUUACAUGUGGCAGAAGCCGUUUCCCUGUUUUCACACAAAAGGAGCACAGCAGUUAUAAAAAAAGGAGGGAGGCCGGUUCCUGCAGAGACCUGCUGAAGACCAACAGAGAGUGUUGCACAGCAUCGUUACAUGUUCAAACAACAGGAAACAAAAGUCUGCCAGAGAGAGAAAAAAAAAUUAAAAUAAAAACAACAGAGAGGUUUCUGGCUGUGACAAGGAGGACAAGUUCCGCUUACAGCUUGGAGGAGGACACAGGAAAACAGAGACAGUAGGAGAUGCAGCAAGAUGUGGAACGUUGUGAGUGUGUUAUGAGUCAGUGUGUGCACGCAGGUAGUGUUGUACCCUUGGGUUCACGAGUCAUCAUUGAUCAAAUGUCAGCCCGUCGUCUCCAUCUCUCUCUUCCUCCUGAUCGUGAUGUGACUGAUCAGCUCUGACAUAAAGCGGAGGCAUUUUUUUUCAUGCAUGUUCGAUGUUGGUUUGUAGACUUCUUUAGCGAUUCAUGAAUUCAUUAGUAAAUGUGAUGCAUUUCUUUCCAGAGAGAGGAACUGCACAAGAUCACAAGCAUUAGGAAAAUGUCUAAUGCAAGCACCGAGUGUAAGUAAAACGAUGGUACCACAAAAUAUAAAUAACUGAACUCUUCUUUUCCAGAUGAAAGAGAUCCAGCUGAUAUUAUCAUCCUUUAAUCUACAA